UUCAGCCACCGCAUUUAACAGAACUGAGGCGGUGCAGCGACUCAUUUCUCAUCGUUUCUGUGUUUUCUGCUGGAGUGUUUGGGUGGAAUAAACAGACAGAGGCGUGAAUCAGCUCCAGCGUCACCCCUUGCGUCGCCUCUUUCAAUAUAAAGUGAAUUUUUCCAAGUAUUGAGGAAGUGCCGCUUCUCUUCUCAUCGGCUCCUGUCGGUGCUUCUACAGCCCACCGAUGUGACACAGACACCGGACGUUCUCUGCAGCUUUCUCCGUCCUGGAGGUUGUUUUCUGUCUGGAUCCAGGAGGAAGGACAGAAUCUGACUCGGAUCCGCAGGUUUUUACUGAAUUAUCCAAACAUCGUGCAUCACUGAUGGCAAUGAUGAGCUGGACGUCUGGGACUCAGUGUGUGGCUAAAGCAGACCACCGUAAAGCCAAAGCAGGAGAGCUGACGUACCGGAAAGGAGACGUUCUCACCAUCACAGACAGCAGCUCGAGGAAGGGAUUCUACGAGGCCAAACACAACGGCACAGGAGAGGAAGGACUCAUCAGCUCCAGCAACGUCCGAGAAAGAGAAGCUCUGCGGGUGGAUCCCAGCCUCAGCCUGAUGCCCUGGUUUCACGGGAAGAUCUCGGGUCCGGAGGCGGUGAACAAGCUGCAGCCGGCUGAAGACGGUUUGUUUCUGGUCAGAGAAAGCAUCCGUCAUCCUGGAGACUACGUUCUGUGCGUCAGCGUCUGUGGAGAAGUCAUCCACUACCGAGUGAUUUAUCAGGACAACAAGCUGACCAUCGACAACACGCAGUUCUUCUACAACCUCAUCGACGUGAUCGAGUUUUACUCAAAGAAUAAAGGUUCCAUCGCUACGACUCUGCUGAAGCCCAAACAGAAACACGGAACCAAAUCAGCAGAACUGGAGCUGUCCAAGACUGGAUGGCUGCUGGACAUCACCAAGCUCACGCUGGGAGAGAACAUCGGAGAAGGAGAGUUUGGUGCGGUGUAUGAAGGCGACUACAUGGGCCAGCGAGUGGCAGUGAAGACCAUAAAAUGUGACGUUACGGCUCAGGCCUUCCUGCAGGAAACCACGGUGAUGACGAAGCUGCAGCACAAGAACCUGGUGCGUCUGCUGGGCGUCAUCCUGCACAAAGGGCUGCACAUCGUCACGGAGCUCAUGACCAAGGGAAACCUUGUGAACUUUCUGAGGACCAGAGGACGUACGGUCGUAAACUCUGCUCAGCUUAUUCGGUUCUCUCUCGAUGUGUGUGAAGGGAUGGAGUAUCUGGAGUCCAAGAAGUUCAUUCACAGAGAUCUGGCGGCUCGUAACGUCCUGGUUUCUGACGACAGCGUUGCCAAAGUCAGCGACUUCGGUCUGACCAAGGUCGACUCCAAGGCGUCGGAUAAAGCCAAGCUGCCCAUUAAGUGGACGGCACCAGAAGCUCUGAGGAAGGAGAAAUUCUCCACAAAGUCAGAUGUUUGGAGUUACGGGAUUCUUCUGUGGGAGAUCUUCUCAUACGGUCGGCAGCCGUAUCCUAAGAUGUCUUUGAAGGAGGUGAAGGACAAGGUGGAGGCCGGGUAUCGGAUGGAGGCUCCGGAGGAUUGUCCGCCCGGCGUUUACCCUCUGAUGAGGCUUUGCUGGGAGCAGGAGCCUCGCAGGAGACCCGGAUUCUCCAAACUGAGGGAGAAACUGGAGCGAGAGAUGAGUAAACUGAGCUCUGAGUGUCGGGAAGGACUCGGUUCUGGUUCUGGAUGCUGAUCGUGAGUCUUUAACUUCCAGCUGGACUCCGUUCUUGAAGGAGAUGGGAUCUAGUUGCUUUGUGGAACCAUGAAUCUUCUAAAGUCUCUUUUGGUCUAAACUGAGUCACUUCCUGGGUUAGAUUUUUGCACAAAGCGAACUGGUAACAUCCAUCUGUGGGGCGGUUCACCUCCUCCUGACUGAAAUAUCUCACCAGCUGGACUGCAAUGAAGCAUCUUGCAGACAUUCAUGUUCCUCAGAGGAUGAAUCUUAGUGACUUAAGUCACUUUUGACAUGUCUUUUAACACCACCAACAAGUUCACGUUUACGGCUUUGAGUUAAAUGUCGCAACAACUGUUUAUUGGAUUAUAAUGCAACUUGGUUCAGACAUUCAUGUUCCUCGGAGGAUGAAUCUUGGUGACUUAAGUCACUUUUGACUUCUCUUUUAGCACCACCAGCAGGUCCACAUUUAUGCUUUUGAGCAAAAUGCAGAAAUCACUAUGGGAUGGAUUGUAAUAGAACUUGGGGCAAACAUGCAUGUUCCUCAGAGGAUGAAUCUCAAUGACUGAAGAGACUCUUGACCUCAGUUCUGAUGCACAACAGGUUCAUAUUUAUGGUUCUCGGUGAAAUGCAGUAACAACUAUUGAACGGAUUGUAAUGAAACUUGGUGCAGACGUUCGUGCUCCUCGAAGAUGAAUCUCAGUAACUUAAAUGACUGUUUUAGGACCACCAACUGGUUCAUGUUUUCAAUGAAAUGCAGCAAUUACUGUCUGAUGGAUUGCAACAGAGCUUGGUACAGACAUUCGUGUUCCUCAGAGGAUGAACCUCAGUGACUUAAGAGACUCUUGACCUCAGUUCUAAUGCACAACAGGUUCAUAUUUAUGGUUUUGAGUGAAAUGCAGCAACGACUGUUGGAUGGAUUGCAAUGAAACUUAGUACAGACAUUCCUGUUCCUCAGGAUAAAUCUCAAUGACCUAAGUGACUGUUUAAGCGCCACCAACCGGUUCAUGUUUAAGGUUUUGAGUGAAAUGCAGCAACAGCUGUUGGAAUAUUGCAAUGAAACCUGGUGCAGACAUUCGUGUUCUCCUCAGGAUGAAUUCUGAUAACUUUAGUAAACCCUUAAUUUAUUUCUUUAUUCAUUGUGAGCAAAACAAAUAUCUAAACUAAGAACAUGAUGUUUAUCAUGCUAACAUGGUUAGCAUGAUAAACAUCAUGCCUGUUUAGCAUCAGCAUGUUACUGUUGUCACUGUACACGUUAGCAUGUUGACGAUUAGCUAAAUUAGAACAUCUUUAGUCUUGUUUUGUUCUUCGUGUCUUCAUGUGCAUCUGCUGCAGAGCCGUAAAGUGGACAAUCAAAAUUAAAAGUAAAAACAAUCCAGAGGAGAACAAACUGCCACCUGUGAGGUCUGCUGACGCUGCGUUUGUAGUCUGACUCACCAGGCGAAUAAGUUUUCUAUUUGUUGAUAAUAUCAGGCAGCUUCGUCCUUCUGCUCUUUGGUGUUACUGUUUUGUUCUGUGGACGAAACCACGACAAAAACCUCCAAGCAUCAACCGAGCACACUGGAAAUUAAUCUCUGCAGAAUGGUCUGGCAGUGCUAAGCCUGCAACGUUACCAUGCUCUUGACCAUGUAGUUCAUUUGAAGGAUAAAACUCUAAAACUUUAGUCGUCUGCUACGUUCAAAAUAAUUAGACGCAGCGUUACACUGAACAUUUACUAGAGAUCUCAUUUUAAAGAUCGAGAUCAGGGCAGGUCGAGGCAUUUUUAACCAAACCAGAUUAGCUUUACUGAGCCUGAAACUAAGCCUGAUGAAGUUGUUUACAUCAGUUCUUCUGGUUUGAUUAGCAGUUGGCAAACAUCUACUGGAUUGAAGUGUUGAUGUCAAGCACAGUUUGUGGAUGUGUCUGAACUGUCUGCUGUGUAGAAAUUUCUUCAGCUGAAAAACUUGUAAUAUCUGCAAUCUGAGUACUUUGUGAGUACUCCCACCAGUUUGAUUCGACACCUAAACAGCAAACACAAGUUCACUCAGGUAACUCAGGAAAAGGCUUCACUGAAACAAAACGCUGGAAGAGAUGGAGACAAGACCAAGAACACCACAGAGACUGAAGCUAAACUCAGCGCUGUGGUUCAACGUACAGCUUUUCACCGUCUCUUGCAGCUUGAGGAGCCACAGUUCAUCCUUCUACCCUCUAACACUACAUUUAGUGUCCUACUGGAGCUUCACAGCGAGGUUCCUGAGCACCUACAGAACGUUUGGUUUGACGAAGAAAUGCUGUUUUUUUCUUAAUGCCUUGCACAGUUAUUUAGUUGUCAAGUUUAUACAUUGGAUUGAUUUUAUUUAUUUUAAAUUUAAUGUACUUGAAGUGUGUUUUAUCCAGGAAAAUGGUAUCAGACUGAAUUUUAAAUAACUGCGAUUAAAUCCAAAAAAAAUCCACAUUUAUAUUACUUUUCAGUCAUUGUCAUAAAAUCUGCAGCUGAACUUUACAGUCACUGUUCAUGUCUUUUACAGGUAAAAUGCACAAAAGCAAUAAGUGAAAUUUGUUGAUCCAACCUUCAGUUUAGCAAAAGAGUGGAUUAAAACCACAAUGAUGACGUUGCUUUUGACAAAUGUGUUCAGCUGAAGAGGAGUUUUCGUGUUUGUUUAUAAUUUUGUGGGACUUUUAAAAAUUGUGUUAUUUCUGCUUUCAGAAUUUAAACGUUGUGUGUUGAAAUAACGCGACAAUUAAAAGUUAAAAAUAUGAAAAUUACCAAGAACUUUGUUGUUAAUUAAAUUACUUCUAAACUAAAGAAAAUCAAAUUAGAACAAGUUCAUUUUUAAAUGUUUUGUCAACAUGUUUUUAUGAUUACGGUAUUUAGAUACAUAACAGGCAAAAAACUCAUUGGAACAACUUAAAUUUAUAGAAAAAAAACAUCUUAAAGUUUUGUGUUCAUGCUAAUGCUGAACAUUAUCUCAUUAAAAACACCUCAGAUUGUGGAAUAAUUCCCAUAGUGUGUUGGUUGAACACGAUUUCAUUAGAAUUAAAAAAGAUUCAAGCAAAAUAGUUUAUCAAUUCAUUUUGAGCCAAAACAUUAUUGUUUGGGUCUUAAAUGGACCUUUAACUUUGCAUGUUUUUAAAGGUUUAUAUUAAUAUGCACCCCUAAGCUGUGGGCUGCAGUGAAGGAUGAGCCGUCACCUUGUCGGGUUUGAUUUUUUUCAUGGGAUUUCUUGACUGGAACAACAAAUAUCACUGGUUUUAUCUUUAGACGACAUCUUUGACAUGAUUAUGAGUGACAAUAGGAUGAAGAACUGACUUGGAAAAACUGUACAUUCUCCUGAAAAUGUUAUAUUUUGAGCUCAAUCCAUCUGGAAACAACAAAUGUUCCUUAUGUAUGAAUAUGGUCAGAAAUGACAGUACGAAAAGGUCAUUUAUAUUUGUGUCCAAUAAAGAUGUUCAAAAAAGA